AUGAAGUGGGUGGUGACCGCCCCAGAGCUUCUGGGCGACUCCUCCGAAGUCAUGGCUCGCAUUGCGUCCCGUGCGUGGUGGCCUUGGGAGGCGCAUCUGGGCAGCAACACCUGUGCCUCCGCGCUGGGUGCUGCGCCCUUCGCCACCAUGCCGCCCUGGCACGGCGGCGCCGCGUUGCUGCGCGGCGCCCGGGUGAACUGGGAGGUGGCCAGCCCGGACGGCGAGUUCCGAGAGGCGAAAAGCAUGGUUGUGGAGAUGGACUGUCCCGAUGAGGCGCAGGUCUGGGCGCGCAGGGAAGCCUCCCACCCCUUCGUGGGCACCUACCAGCGCUGCGGGCUCUUGGCCUCUCGCCCGUACUUCCUGCAAACCCGGGCCUCGGCCAAGGAGGCAAGGAAAGAGGAGAGAAUGGACGGCGAGGUCCCCCGCUACGCGCUUUGGUACGGGGAGGACAAUGAGCAAUGGGUCAUCACGGAGGAGUUCAGGCUCACCGACGAGCUGGUGGUGGAUGCGCGGUGCAAAGACAGCGCCUGGAUGCCGUGGCAGGCGUCGGCCAACUGGGAAGUUUCAGAUGGUGACCGCGGCUUUGUGGAGGACAUCUACGUCAGGGUGGAAGAGAUGCUGACCACCAUGGAGCCAACCUUGUAG